AUGUCUUGGUCUGAUGCUGUUACUGAGUCAACCCGGACGCCCACUCGCCAACCUCGGCCCAGCUACGUACCUCCACAUCUCAGGCACAGUGGCAGCUCCUACGGAUAUGGGUCCUCUACAGAGUCAGCCCAGUACGGCUUUCGGUCAAGCAACACCGGUCCCAGUAGGCAACCCGGUCGGGCAGGCACGGGUCGCGGCGGCCGAGGUCGUGGCCGUGGUGGUCGCUUUUGGGCUCAACCACCCCCAAACCCAAGUCUAGACCUAAACCCGUCUGACAAUGUCUCUGAGAAAUUCGACCAACUCAAAGUCACUGAAGAAGAUAGCAAUGGCGGUAUCAAUUUUGAUGCCUACGAAGACAUCCCAGUUGAGGCGAGUGGCGCCGACAUUCCACCGCCGGUGGACACCUUUCACGAGAUCGAUUUGGGUGAGUGUUUGAACCACAACAUCAAAACGCGAUGUAAGUACGUUAAGCCCACGCCUAUUCAGCGCCACGCGAUUCCAGUAGUCAUGGCUGGCCGGGACUUAAUGGCUUGUGCUCAAACUGGGUCUGGCAAAACGGCGGCGUUUUGCUUACCCAUCAUUAGUGGGGUCUUGAACAAGAACAGUUUGGGAAGGUCGCCGACUCGAGGUGGGGCUCAUACUGUGUGUCCUACUGCGCUCAUUUUGUCUCCGACUAGAGAGUUGGCUGGUCAGAUACAUGAUGAAGCUAAGAAGUUUGCUUAUCAGAGUGGGGUCAAGAUUGUUGUUGCUUAUGGUGGGGCACCAAUUUCUCAGCAGUUCCGUAAUCUGGAGAGAGGUGUUGAUAUCUUAGUUGCCACUCCAGGGCGCUUAGUGGACAUGAUUGAGAGGUCACGAAUUUCACUUAGAAUGAUCAAAUAUUUGGCAUUAGAUGAGGCUGAUAGGAUGUUGGACAUGGGUUUUGAGCCACAGAUUAGAAGGAUUGUUGAACAAAUGGACAUGCCUUGCCCUGGUGCUAGACAAACUUUGCUUUUCAGUGCUACAUUCCCAAAUGAGAUACAGAGGCUUGCUGCAGAUUUUCUUUCAAACUACAUAUUCCUGGCGGUUGGAAGAGUUGGAUCAAGUACUGAUCUUAUUGCACAAAAAAUCGAAUUUGUUGAGGAUAUGGACAAACGAAGCCACUUAAUGGAUCAUCUUCAUAGCCAGCAGGCCAAUGGAAGCCAUGGCAAGCCUGCUUUAACGUUGGUGUUUGUGGAGACCAAGAGAGGUGCAGAUGCUUUAGAAAACUGGUUAUGCAUGAAUGGUUUCCCAGCAAUUGCUAUUCAUGGUGACAAAGUGCAAAUGGAGAGGGAACGAGCUUUGAGAUCAUUCAAGUGUGGCUCUGCGCCAAUAUUGGUGGCAACGGAUGUUGCUUCACGAGGUUUAGACAUCCCUCAUGUUGCUCAUGUCAUCAAUUUUGACCUCCCAAAAGGCAUAGAUGACUAUGUUCACAGGAUUGGUCGGACGGGACGUGCUGGAAAUUCUGGUCUUGCAACUGCCUUCUUCAAUGACAAGAACCAGCCACUUGCAAAGGGACUAAUUGAGUUGAUGCAGGAGUCAAACCAGGAGGUUCCUAGUUGGCUUAACGAAUAUGCUGAAGGAUCACAGACUUAUAGUAGUGGUGGCGGUGGUGGUAGGAGCCAAAGGUCUGGUGGCAGUAGGUUUGGUGGCUAUGACUUCCGUAGGUCUGCCCAAUCAGGGCGUGAGAGUUAUUACGGUCCAAGCAGCUAUGGUUAUGGAGAUUGUUCUGUGGGCACUUCUGCUGCUUCCUAUAAUGAUGUUACUGUUCCAUACGGCUAUGGAAAUUAUGAAACUAUUGUUGCUGGUGGUUGGGAAUAG